CACACUCUUCCCAGCAGCUGCCUUUCUGCUUCAGUCCUGAGAACACAGCUCACAGCUGACAACACUGAACAUGUCCACAGCUGGUAAGGUCAUUAAGUGCAAGGCAGCAGUAGCCUGGGAGCCAAACAAGCCUUUGGUGAUUGAGGAGAUUGAGGUUGAUCCACCGCAACCCAAUGAGGUCCGCGUCAAGAUUGUGGCAACUGGCCUUUGCCGUACAGACCUCUACUAUCUGUAUGACACUGACAAUACAAAGAUCUUCCCAAUGGUCCUUGGACACGAGGGAGCAGGCAUUGUGGAGAGCGUCGGUCCUAAAGUCACAGAAUUUCAACCAGGUGACAAAGUGAUCCCCCUGAUCAUCUCCCAGUGUCGAGAGUGUCGCUUUUGUAAGAGUCCUAAAACCAACCAGUGUGAAAAUGCAUGGGAUAUUGUUCCUCACAAUGUGGAAAAAGCGCCCGUCUCCAAGCUAAACUGCAAGGGAAAGAAGUUGCUGCAGUUUAUGGGAAUCAGUACCUUCUCAGAGUACAGUGUAAUAAAUCAGAAUGCUCUGGCCAAGAUUGACCCCGCGGCCCCCCUGGAUAAAGUCUGUCUCCUCGGCUGUGGGGUUUGCACAGGGUUUGGAGCCGCAGUCAAUGAUGCUAAGGUUGAACCGGGCUCUACCUGUGCUGUGUUUGGCCUGGGAGCCGUCGGGUUGGCGGCAAUCAUGGGUUGUAAAUAUGCUGGUGCCAAGAGGAUUAUUGCUGUCGAUGUCAAUGCAAACAAGUUUAAGAAGGCCGAGGAGUUUGGAGCCACUGACUGUGUAAACCCCAAGGAUCACAGCAAAACCAUCAGCCAAGUGCUCUUGGAGAUGACCAACGGUGGAGUCGACUACUCCCUCGAGUGUGUGGGGAAUGUAGAACUCAUGCGCCAUGCACUGGAGUCCUGUCUGCAAGGCUGGGGUGUGAGUGUGAUUGUUGGUUGGACAGACAAGCAUGAUGUUUCCGUUCGUCCUGCUCAGCUCAUUGCUGGGCGCACAUGGAAGGGCUCUGUGUUUGGAGGCUUUAAGGGUAAAGAUGGAGUGGCUGAGAUGGUGCGAGCCUACCUGGAUCACAAGGUGAAGAUAGAUGAGUUCAUAACUCAUAACUUGCCUUUGGAUCGCAUCAAUGAAGCCAUUGAAUUGUUGCAGGCGGGCAAAAGCAUCCGGACAGUCCUGAGUUUCACUUCCCAAUAAGUCUUUAUAAUGGUUUCUAAUAACUCCUUGAAAUCUUAAAGGCCUACUGAAAUGCGAUUUUCUUAUUUAAACGGGGAUAGCAGGUCCAUUCUAUGUGUCAUACUUGAUCAUUUUGCGAUAUUGCCAUAUUUUUGCUUAAAGGAUUUAGUAGAGAACAUCGACGAUAAAGUUCGCAACUUUUGGUCGCUGAUAAAAAAGCCUUGCCUGUACCGGAAGUAGCAGACGAGUAGCGUGACGUCACAGGUUGUGGAGCUCCUCACAUCUGCACAUUGUUUACAAUCAUGGCCAUCAGCAGCGAGAGCGAUUCGGACCGAGAAAGCGACAAUUUCCCCAUUAAUUUGAGCGAGGAUGAAAGAUUCGUGGAUGAAGAAAGUGAGAGUGAAGGACUAGAGGGCAGUGGGAGCAAUUCAGAUAGGGAAGAUGCUGUGAGAGGCGGGUGGGACCUGAUAUUCAGCUGGGAAUGACUAAAACAGUAAAUAAACACAAGACAUAUAUAUACUCUAUUAGCCACAACACAACCAGGCUUAUAUUUAAUAUGCCACAAAUUAAUCCCGCACAACAAACACCUCCCCCCUCCCGUCCAUAUAACCCGCCAAUACAACUCAAACACCUGCACAACACAUUCAAUCCCACAGCCCAAAGUACCGUUCACCUCCCCAAAGUUCAUACAGCACAUAUAUUUCCCCAAAGUUACGUACGUGACAUGCACAUAGCGGCACGCACGUAUGGGCAAGCGAUCAAAUGUUUGGAAGCCGCAGCUGCAUGCGUACUCACGGUACCGCGUCUGCGCAUCCAACACAAAGUCCUCCUGGUAAGGGUCUCUGUUCUCCCAGUUCUCCACAGGCCAAUGGUAAAGCUUGACUGUCAUCUUCCGGGAAUGUAAACAAUGAAACACCGGCUGUGUUUGUGUUGCUGCAGUCGGCCGCAAUACACCGCUUCCCACCUACAGCUUUCUUCUUUGCUGUCUCCAUUGUUCAUUGAACAAAUUGCAAAAGAUUCACCAACACAGAUGUCCAGAAUACUGUGGAAUUUUGCGAUGAAAAUAGACGACUUAAUAGCUGGCCACCAUGCUGUCCCAAAAUGUCCUCUUUAAUCCGUGACGUCACGCGCAGGCGUCAUCAUACCGAGACGUUUUCAGCAGGAUAUUACGCGCAAAAUUUAAAAUUGCACUUUAGUAAGCUAAACCGGCCGUAUUGGCAUGUGUUGCAAUGUUAAGAUUUCAUCAUUGAUAUAUAAACUAUCAGACUGCGUGGUCGGUAGUAGUGGGUUUCAGUAGGCCUUUAAAUAUAAUUAACACUUUAUUUGAACUGAUUUUUAUCAAUUAAAGUUAAAAAGUUAAAGUUAAAGUACCAAUGAUUGUCACACACACACUAGGUGUGGCGAAAUUAUUCUCUGCAUUUGACCCAUCACCCUUGAUCACCCCCUGGGAGGUGAGGGGAGCAGUGGGCAGCAGCGGUGGCCGCGCCCGGGAAUCAUUUUUGGUGAAUUAGGACUUUACAGAAAUCUUGAAUGCUCUCUCUGUAAACACGAUAGAUAAAUAAAUAAGUCAGGAGAAA